UCUUUGUUAAGCGUCUGUGGAUUAAUGUGUGCCCACUGCCGUAGAAGAAAGCGGUGAAACUGCUUAAAAUUACGGAAUUUUUGAUUCUCUAAAGCCUGAUAUGGCGACCGACAGAAGGAAGGGGAGCAUGGAGUCCUCCAGGUCGCCUCGAAGCUCCAAACAUCAUCACUCAAGAUCGCGGUCACGCUCAAGAGACAGAAAACGUGACAAGAAGCACAGGCUGAGUCGGAGCAGGAGUAAAGAGGCGCGAAGGAAGGACUUGGAGGACAGGCCCUCGAAACAGCAGAAGUCGGAGGAGCAGCGGGAGCAGACAGACAGGGCCCGGGAGAGGCUGUCUGAGAACGGAGAGGAGCGGCACAGGCGCAAGGACGGCAGGGCACCCAGGGGCCGGAGCCACUCCAGGUCACGCUCCCGUGAGAGACAUCAUCGCAGUAGAAGCAGGGAGCGGAAACGGUCGCGUUCGCGCAGCCGGGACAGGCGAUCGAGGAGCCGAGACAGGAGGCGGCGCGGGAGGUCACGCUCCGGGUCACGCCCCAGGCACAGAAGUCGCAGCCGCAGCAAGAGCAGGGAAAGGAAGAAGAGGAGUGAGAAAUUGCGCAAACGCAGCAGGAGCCGCAGCAGGUCGGCUAGCCCCCCGGCCUUCCGCGGCAGGAACACUGCCAUGGACGCGCAGGAGGCCUUGGCCAGAAGAUUGGAAAGAGCAAAGAAGAUACAGGAGCAGAAGGAGAAGGAAAUGCUAGCAAUGCAAAAGCAGCAGGAGCUUGUUCCUGGAUGCGCUGCAGGGCCGUCGGUACCCAGUCCCCUGUCGUGCGACGCCGUAGCUGCGGCCACCAACAGCGCUGUCCUGAACGUGGCAGCCCUCCUGGCCUCGGGGACGCAGGUCACGCCCCAGAUCGCCAUGGCUGUACAGAUGGCGGCCCUGCAGGCCAAGGCGUUGGCCGAGACUGGCAUGGCCGUGCCCAGCUACUACAACCCCUCCGCCGUCAACGCCAUGAAGCUGGCAGAGCAGGAGAAGAAGAGGAAGAUGCUUUGGCAGGGCAAAAAGGAAGGGGACAAGUCACAGACAGCUGAGCUGUGGGAGAAACUAAGCUUUGGAAACAAGGACCAAAAUACUAAAUUCCGCAAGCUGAUGGGCAUUAAAGACGAAGAAGGAAGCGGCCCAAACCUCAUGGAUGACGAAAGCCUGCGAACCCUGAAGCAGCAGGAAGAGGUGUUCCGGAACCUGGACGCCCAGUAUGAAAUGGCCAGGUCCCAGACGCACACCCAGAGGGGUAUGGGACUGGGGUUCUCCUCAGCCUUCUCCUCGCGUGGGAUGGACACGUUAUGAGGCAGUGCUUCGUCUCCCCUGCAUAGCUUCUCCACAAUGCCGGACACUGUUAAAGCAUUUUUUGAUCUAGUCCAUUAGCUUGCACGGAUGUUGC